UGGUUUGGUUUUUUUGGAUUCAACGUAAACACUUGUCGCUUCAGUAUUUAAUCAAUAUUGGUUCACUUGGUCGUGCAAUUUACCGCUAAAUUCAAUUAACACCAUUUGAAAAGUGUUUUUUUGUUCUGUUAUCACAAGCCGUCUCAAUUCACCGUUUGGUAUUGUCGUAAACUUUAGGUUUUAUUUCAUAUUUAGUCAUAAAUUCCCACCAUGAAUUGGCUAUAUUUUCCUCUUCUUGCCACGAUAAGUAUUUGUAGUUUAUUUGUGACUGCAUAUGAAGUGGACACUUAUGAUUUUCUAAUGCCGAAUGUUUGGCCUAACAGGGAUGAAGCAUAUUUAUGUACACCAAUUAGGAUUUCCCCGGUCAACAGUUACUACAUAGUCGGCUUUCAACCAAAUGCGACAAUGCAUACUGCUCAUCAUAUGCUGUUGUAUGGCUGUUCAGAACCAGGAUCCAAUGAUUCAGUCUGGAGUUGUGGUGAGAUGCAGAGCAAUGAGAUCGACAAUCUUUACAACACGGCUAGCCCUUGCCGUUCAGGGUCCCAGAUAGUGUACGCUUGGGCCCGCAACGCUCCCAGCCUACAACUCCCUCAAGAUGUUGGAUUUCUUAUUGGAAGGGAUUCUCCUAUCAAAUAUCUCGUUCUACAAGUGCAUUACAUGCAUAAGUUUCCAGAGGGCCGCACUGACAACUCCGGUGUUUUUCUGAAAUAUACUAAAACAAGAAUGCCGCGUCAAGCCGGUGUGAUCCUUCUAGGCACAGGCGGCGUGAUCGCUCCAAGGAAGCUGGAGCACAUGGAAACAGCCUGCACCAUAGAGGAGGACAAAGUCAUAUAUCCCUUCGCGUUCCGAACACAUACGCAUAGCCUGGGCAAACUCGUGUCCGGUUUCGUCGUCCGCAAGAAUCCUAGCGGGGACGUUUGGCAGCUGAUCGGCAAGGAGGACCCGCAGAAGCCGCAGAUGUUCUACCCGGUCGCCAACAGUACCCCCAUAGGAAAAGGAGACGUGCUAGCGGCCAGGUGCACCAUGAACAACACUCAUAACCACGCUGUCAGCAUUGGACCAACCAAUAACGAUGAGAUGUGCAACUUCUACCUAAUGUACUGGGUGCAGAACGACUCUCCGCUCGAACAGAAAUACUGUUUCUCAGCCGGCCCGCCAUUUUACUACUGGACCAGGGCCCCGCAAGCGUUCAAUGUAAUACCGGACUUGGGAGCCAGUACUCCGUAAG